UUAGAUAGCAAGGCCAGGAAGCGAGGAGCACAGCAGCGCAACAGAUGAUGGACAUGCCAUGCAUGUUUGCGUGCGGACAAGCAACUGCUGCAGUUCCACCUGAGGCAGCGGCUUACCUAAGUCACGCCGCCCGCCCCUCUAAAAAAUACAGGGUGUUCACAAAAAAACGCGCCAAAGCACCGCAGCGCUGCGCUACACGUCUCGCCUCCAGAGAGCUUCCCCGGGCCCGAGGCGCCACCUGUUUGCUAGAAAUCACACACUCGCAAGGGGGAGACGACCGCCGCAAAAACCACCACGCAAGUCCCAAUUGCCACGACAUCCGGCCAUCGCAGACCCCAGCCUCACGCUCAUUUUUUGUCAUUCUCUCUCGUCGCCCAACAUGACGCGCGCUCAGCAGACUAUUUCCCUCGGCCUCCUGGUCUCUUCUCUCUACUUUGCUCUCUUCCUCGAGCUCAUUCCUCUCCCUCCUCUCGUCCAGAAGGAAAUCGUCCCGGUGCUUCCCUUCUGGGCCCUCAUUUCCUUCGGCGCGUUGCUCCUAUUCCGUCUCGGCUGGGGCGUCUUCACGUUCAACGAUGUUCCCGCGGCGCACAAGGAGCUGAUGGAGGAGAUUGAGAUGGCAAAGGUCGACCUGAGGAAGCUUGGUGUUGACGUGGAUUAAAUCAAGAAGCAUUCGUUGGCGCAACUGGAAAGAGAUAUACCAUAAUUCAUAAAAUAGUAGUGGGCAAUGCAAUAUCAUGUCACUGUGGGAUCAAUAUAGGUAGUUCUUCAUAUAAUCGAAGCCCCUGUUCAGGCUUACUCUCUCUUUGCCAUUUAAUGAUUUGAGUC